CAGAAAUGGCAGCUUGUCUAUGGAAAAAUUUGCUCCUGACUGCAAAAGAAAGGAUAAUACAACAGCAGAGGGUAUCACUAUAUGACUUGGCUCAUGGCUAUCAGGAAGAACUGAUAAAGAAGAAACUUCAGCAGUUUGGUGGUGGAUCCAUCAACCUUUCCAAAGAAGAGGAUGGCAUUGGAAUCCUGACCUUGAACAACCCAAGGCUAAUGAAUGCCUUCACAGGCACUAUGAUGAUAGAACUCCAGGAGAAGGUAACUGAAUUGGAAAACUGGAAGGAUGGCAAAGGCCUUAUCGUCUGUGGUGCAGGAAACACUUUUUGUUCAGGAUCUGAUUUGAAUGCUGUCAAAGCAACAUCCAACUCUGAGGAUGGGAUGAAUAUGUGCAUGUUUAUGCAAAAUACCUUAACCAGACUUAUGAGAUUGCCAUUGAUCAGUGUUGCACUAGUCCAAGGGAAAGCUCUUGGAGGAGGAGCAGAGCUUACCACAGCAUGUGAUUUCAGGGCAUAUCCAAAAUUGUGCAAAACUUGACUGCAAACUGCCUGAACCUGUAGACACUGAUGGCUUCAGCUUCCUGCCUCUUCCUGGAUGUCGU